AUGGCUUUACACCACCGCCCUCAGGUUGAAUUGACCUCUUACCCACAGCAUCCCUCUUCUACAGCAGUUGCUGACGUUGAACUACUCCAAUAUGAUGUAACCAACCCUUCCGGGAGCAACGAGGGCUUCUCCUUGCCACCUACAGAUGGAGGCAAGGAUGCCUGGCUGUGUCUGUUCGCUUGCUUCAUGCUCGAGGCGCUUAUCUGGGGCUUUCCCUCUUGCUAUGGUGUUUUUCAAGAACACUAUAGUACUAGCGACGAGUUCGCUGGAUCAAGUAACAUAGCUGUUGUUGGUGCUUGUGCAAUGGGCAUCAUGUACAUGGACAUUUCCAUCUGGUUCGCCGUUCUGAAGUACUUUCCCAGACUCCGCGUAUGGGCAACGCCAGUCGGCCUAGCCGUCGUGUGCCUCGCUUUAGGUCUGGGGUCACUCGCUACCAAUGUGACACAUCUAAUACUCUCACAAGGUAUCAUCUAUGCCAUCGGUGGAGGCCUGGCAUGGACGCCUAUUCUCUUCUAUAUCGAGGAGUGGUGGGUACGUCGCCGAGGCUUUGCUUACGGAGCCACUAUGGCUGGUUUAGGAUUGAGCGGUGCGGUUCUCCCAGUCAUCCUAGAAUGGCUUCUUCACAGUUACGGCUUUCGAACGACCCUCCGGGUCUGCGCGCUCAGUUUUGUUGUGUUGAACCUUCCGAUUCUGUUCUUCUUCAAGCCCCGACUUCCACUAUCGCAGACGUCCCAAUCGAGAAACUUCGACAUGUCGUUCUGGACCUGCUCGAAUUAUCUGAUCUUGCAGUCUGGAAACAUCAUCCAAAGCCUUGGUUUCUUCCUUCCGGCUAUCUACCUACCUAUUUUCGCUCGAUCGAUUGGAGCCAGUAGCAUCGAAAGCACAGUCACAAUUAUUCUUUUGAAUGGUGCCGCAUUCGUUGGAAGCCUAUGUAUGGGCAUUGCAGUCGACAAGUACCAUGUUGUGCACUGUCUGUUGAUCUCCGCUAUCGGCUCUGCCACUGCUGUCUUCCUACUCUGGGGUCUCUCAACAUCACUGGCACCCCUCUACAUCUUCUGCCUUCUGUAUGGCGCGUUUGCUGGAUGCCAGUCGAGUACAUGGAGCGCCAUUGUCCGCGACACGCAAGAAAAGCGCAGAGGGGCCGACUCUGGCAUGGUAUGGGCGUGCUUAUCCGCCGGAAAGGGAGUGGGCAAUCUAUGCAGCGGUCCGCUUUCAGAGGCCCUCUUGCACACUGGUAAUUGGAGCGCAGGUCUAGCAUAUGGUAGUGAAUUUGGUGCUCUGAUUGCGUUUACAGGUGCAACUUGUUUGCUCAGCGGAUGGGGUUAUGCGGCGAAGAGGAUUGGGUGGUUGUGA